UAAUAAUAAAAUAAUGUAAAUUUAUUUUUAUAAAAUGUUUAAAAUGUAAAAUGACGUGAAUUCAUCACGUCAUCGGUCGCGAAUGUGUUAAGCAUGUACAAAUAAUACAGGAGGGUUGGCAAUCUCCUUUACGACGCUCAUCCCCUGAAACUAUACAACAGGUGAUGUAAAAUUAAAGAGGGGUACGUAUAGCAAGUAAAGUACUUUAAGCAAUGAACUUGAUUAACGUAACAUUAAACUUUAAGAUUGCAUAGAACAGGUGAUGUAAAAGUAAAGAGGUGGGACAAAGUCUAGCAAGCAAAGUAGGGGGCUUUCGAAGCGAAUGCCUUUCUCAUUAUCUGUGGGCCCUCUCAGUUUUCCUGGUCCCUUUCCAACCGAUGGAUGAAUACUACUAUUGAAUGAUACUACUCAUGUCGUAUUUUGAUCACACUGUUCAUGGUCCACCGUUGAAAUAACGUUGAAAGGUGUUAAGAUCAAGUUUAUUCAAUAUUUUAAUAACAACAAUAAUAAUAUAUAAUCAUCAUUUAAAUGGUGUCUAUUUAAGGAGUUUUCACGGUCAGUUGUUAUUCAAUCGUGAGAAAAAGAUAAACCGUAGGAUUUGAACUCUGCAUGAAACAACAAAUAACUGAAUGAAAAGAAGAAGAUAAAAGAUAAUUGAGCUAAUAGGAAAAAUCAAUGUGAAUAAUAUCAUCAAUCAUGAAAGGGAUAACGAUCAUUAUAGUUAUCCUCGUUAUUGGAAUUGCACGAGCACAGCUGAAUUACGAAGGUAAUCCGUUGACCGAAAAUACCGAAUACACGGCCGAGGAAUCGGAAUUUUCAUCGAAAAUUGUUAAACCGUCGAUUAACGAAGCACAAAAAUUAUAUCCGAUAUAUCGCGAAAGCAAGGAUGUUAUUUCGAAGGAUACGAAAUUAGAAGAAAACGAAUCCAAUGGAGAUGUUUCGUUAACUAAUUUCGAUCAUGCUGAAACAUCAUCGUUGGUUAAUAUUGCAUCGGCUCGUGAACUUUCGGAUAAUGUUUAUAACAAAAUGCAACAAUCUCAGAUAAUUCAACCAAUAACUAACACGGUGAAGACACCUGCAGAAAUAGCGUUGAACACGUUUCUCAAUUCCAAAACACCCGAGGAGUCACGAUUGUCUUUGGAUUAUUUUUUACAAAACAGUCAAUCUCAAAACAAUCAAUCGCCAACGUCCAAUAAUCGAAAACAAUUUGUAUCGCAAAACAAUCAACUAACGAAUCAACGACAACAACAACAACAACAAUUAGUAACAAAUCCUGUAGAAAAACAACAAAUGUUUUAUCAGUCUCAAAAUGUAUUACAAAUACCUGAACAAACUUAUGAUUAUACUGCACAUUAUACGUCCAAUUCUCAGAUAUUGCAACCUUCUCAGAGUGUUCAAACGAGUCCAAUGAUAUCAAAUCCAACGGCAUUGCAACAAUCGUCUAUAUUUUCUGAUCCUCUUGAAAUGAUUCAAUCUAGAAACGAUAUUGUUUCUCCUGUGAUGUGGCGUCAACGUAACAGAUGGAUUCGUGGUCAACCAUAUCCCUUUGCACAACCUAGAAUUGGUAGUGUCUUUUCGAAAGGUCCUGUCAUAGCACCGUUUCCACCACCACCACGUAAAGGUCCAGUAGAAUUAAUUUACACUAAACCACCUGGAUAUCAUCAUCGUGGUCCACCAACUCAUGGACCACCCAGUGAAGACGCCAGUGCUUGGUUUCCUGAUGCGAAUAAUCCACCCCCACCAGGGGAUAUAUAUUAUUCUCAAUUAUACGCUCAAUCCUACGAUCCCAAUUACUACAAUUACAUAGCCAAAACUGGUAAAAUCAAGCCUCAUCUUUAUGGCAAAUUGGGCAAGUAUCCUGAACACGAAGACGGAGGAAUUUGGGCGGAGCUUUAUCGUGGCUUUACUAAACACGGUUUAAAAAAUAUCAUGACACCCGGUUUCCUUUUGGGUAUGACAUUGCCAAUGAUAACUGCCAUGCUUAUGGCACUUGUACAGAAACGAUCUUUCGGAAGAUACGAUUCGAGAAAUCUUCAAGAGGUUGAUCAUUUUCAAGAAUAUCUUCAACGUUUGCAACGAGCCAUGGAAUGUUAUGAAAGAAAGAGAAGAAAAACUGGUAAAGUUACGACAGAUGAGUGUUGAAAAGCCGCUACUUCGAGUAAGUCAAGUAAAAGUAGCCGUUCAUUGACCGAGACCCAGUGACAAUCAGUCUCAUAAUAGUCUCUUAUCUAUUUACUCUAUUAUUUUUCUAACGGUUUCAAAUCAUUGUUAGAUCCUACAUAAUUAUAAUAUAUAAAUAGAUAUUAGAUUAUUAUUUUCCUAGUUUGUUACUUUUUUUACGAGAUACUAAGUAAAAUAAUUUCUUUAUUACUAGGAACUCGUAUCAGGGAUAAUUAUAAGAUAACUAUAAGUCUAAUUUUAGGCUUAUUUAU